GGCUCCGCACCGGCUCCGCACCGCUCCGCUGCCCGCCGGCCCAGCCGCGCCCGCGGGCGUUAUGAGCACCGGCGGGGACCGGCCGUGCCCCCGCGGCCGGCCAAGCUCGGCGGGGAGCAGCCCCGUGCCCAGCCCCGGCUCCCCGGGGCCCGAGGAGCCGCUGCAGAAACGGCAGAGAACCGUGGAGGAUUUCAACCAGUUCUGCACCUUCGUUUUGGCUUACGCGGGCUACAUCCCCUACCCUGAGGAGAACGAGCCCUGGACCCACGGCGGCAGCAUGAGCCCCCAGAACAGCACGGGGAGCACGCAGGACAGCGAUAGCUGGGCCUCCUCGCACUCCUCCGACUGCCAGCUCCUGGCAGACGACAGGAGGAGCAGGAACGCCGUGGCCAAGGGGGCUGUGGACAGCAGCCUGCUCGCGGACUGCCCUGCCUUCCCCGCCGGCUUCUAUGACAUCCGGCCCCAGCAGACCAAGAGGAAGAAACCGCCAGCGAAGAAACUCGUUUUGGAGCAGGAGGUGGAGGAGAAGGUGCCGCCGAGCGCUGGGAAAAGCUUGGUGCUAGACCAGGACCGGGUGAAGGAGCCGGCUGCGCUGGAGGGACAGGCGCCUCCCGUGAAAGAGCCGUUCUCGGAGCCCUCCAUCGACCCGGCCGGGGACCCCCAGCCCAGCGCCCCUCUGGAGGAGCCCCUGAAGGAGGAGAAGGACUGGCUGCAAGGAGCGCAGGGGGCAGAGAAGCCAGCAGGAGACGAUCCGCAGCUAAAGGAGCUCGACCAGUGCUCUGGAGGGAGGAAGAGCCCCAGUUCUUGUAGUACCUUGGACCAAAGCGAAGGGGAAGAUACAAGCAGAGGGAGCUCUCAGCUUAGCGCAGUCGAAUUUGCAGCAGCUCCCAACACCAAAGCAGAAGACGACGACGCCUGGGAUCUGAUCACCUGCUUCUGCCUGAAGCCCUUCGCGGGGAGGCCCAUGAUCGAAUGUAACGAGUGUGCCACCUGGAUCCACCUCUCUUGUGCCAAGAUCCGCAAAUCCAACGUGCCUGAGGUUUUCAUCUGCCAGCGAUGUCGCGACGCCAAGCAGGAGAUCCGCCGCUCGAACCGAGCUCGGACGGUGCCCCGCAAGCGGUUCUGUGACUGAGGCUCUUCCAGAGCAGGGAGGCUGGGGGGCCCCUUGUUAAACCGAAGGCUGUAGCUCAGUCUGGCUAGACAAUCAAUGCACAGUAAUGGCAGGGGAAGGGCUGGGCCGCGGUGCUGGGCUGUCCCCCUUGCUCUUCUGCCUCCUGGGAGCUGCCGUCCUCCCUGGGGGUGGCUGACCAUGGAGCUCGGUUACCCCAGAGGUGUGGGGGGAGAAGAGCCAUGCACUAGGUCGCUCAGAAACAUCUCUGUCCUUGCACAAACCUGGCUCAGUGCCUUUCCCCCAGGCCAGCCGAGGAGAACCUAGUCCAAAUAGUUUCCCUGUGGUGUGGUGGAAGCUUACACUUAUCCCAAGAUGUGACUCCCCUUCCUCAUUUUUCCUCACCAUUGUCCUUGCCUUGGACCUCGGGGUGGGCUGCGAUGGCAAAGCCCCAGUGACCCAAAUCCUCUUCCAGCACACAGAUGCAGCCCAGACAGGCUUCUUCCAUGCGGUGUGCUCUCUGGGAGGGGAGGGAAGGAACAUUGCUCCUGCCAACACCUGAAGCAGACUGGGCUGCUCUUUCCUGGGGAUUUGGUGUCCCACCUCUGGCUCAUCAGCCUUGUAGGCUGCGCAGGGGAGGCCCUACCCCUGUCCGGUGGUGCUCCUGAUUUUGGUUGCUGUGCACAAGGCCCCAAGAUAGUCCGAGUAGAUUGUUAGACAAGUUGUUCUUGCUGAGGAGUCCUCCUUGGUUCAGAUUCUCCAGUUGCACUCAAGUCUCCUGUCUGAAAGGGAUGUGGGAUUUGUGGUAGGAGACCUGAACAGUUACCCUCAAAACUGGUAGGGCUUGGGAGCCCUAGGGAAGGGGGGGAGCAGGGGAGGUUUGGUUGGAUUUCAUGUUUUCCAGUUUAAAAUAAUUGAACCUUGUACCCUGUGGCCAUCUCCUGCCUGCAGGUGAAGCAUCGGCUUAAGCAGCAGCUGGAUGCUGAGCCCUGGGUCUGAUGCAACCCGGGUGCAGGAGGGCCUUGCUUCCAAGGGCUCCCUCCUGCAGAGAAAUUUUUUUUUUUUUUUUUUUUCCCUCCUGGACACGUAGAGUGAAGUCUGAUAUCUUGUCAAGAGUGGGCCCUAAGCCCCUUCUGCUAUGCAACUGCUGCUCCGGAGGCAUGGGGCCUGCCCGCUCCAGGCCUCCUUCAAGUUUCAGAGUGGAAGGAAGGCUUUUCCCCAUCACCCUCCUUCCUCUGUGAGCGGUGUGUGUGUGCUCUGGGGCCCCGUGUCCACUGACAGUCUGAAUCCCACCUCCUCCUCCUCACAGCCCCUCCAAAGAGCCUGGCCCACGUGCCUUCUGCACUUUCCAGGGGGGGACACAGACCCCACUGCUGUCUCGGUGACGCCUGGCCUGGCCCCUGGCCCGGGACAGCCCCGACUUGCCAGUCCCAUCACUAUUUCUCCGAACUGGGUUCUUUCCUACUUGCACAUCUGGUUACUGUGGGACCACGGCUGGGGGAGGGUGGGGGGCAGUCCCCCGCCACCCAGCAACCCCCAGGCUCGUCCCUGUGCCUCUCCUCCUGUGGAAAGCCUGGGCCCCAAAAGUGCUUUAUGUUUUUAUAGUUACUUUGUAUGGAUAUGUAAAAUAGCAAAAUUCUGGUCCUUGCCCUGUGGAGUGUGGCUGGAGUCGUAUGUAUAUAAUAAAAUACUUUUGCCAUAA